AUGGAGAGCAACUCACGACCCGAAUCACCAGAGGCGCCGCCACAGGAUCUCUGGUCUAGUAUCCUAGACUCUGUCUCUUCGUCACGGUCCAUACCUUCGAAACAAGUCUUGAUCUUGGGCCAACCCUCGACUGGCAAGUCGACGCUUUCGUCCGCUUUCUUGCAGAAACCACCAUCAGACGGCGGAAAGGAUGAGCCAGCCACCGACUUUGCGAUGGGAUAUGACUGGGCAGAUGUGAGGGACGAAGGGGAGGAAGAUAUACUGGCACGACUGUCCGUAUACACUGUGCCAUCAUCUGCCAAGGCAUACACGUCUCUGGUGCCCCACUUUCUACCGCCACGAGCAUCUUUGCCCCAUACUGCUGUCGUGAUUGUGCUUGACUGGACUAAGCCUUGGACGUUCGUGGAGGAGCUAUUGACAUGGUUGAUCUGGAUCGAGGACUGGGUGAAGGGCGACUCGUCUCGAGAAACCGUCAUUGCUCGAGAGGAGAACAGGGAACGACUGCAACACUACUUCCAGCAUUAUACCGAACCAUCUACUGAACCUAUACCCGCCACUACAUCGACACUACAGGACACCGUCUUGGAGAUACCCCCAGGCGCGCUGACGAACAACUCCGCCGGCGUGCCGAUUCUUGUUGCAUGCACGAAAGCCGAUCUGAUCGAUGACAACAAUGACAUUGCUGGCGCAGGAGCACCGGGUGGCAUGGGCGGCAUGGUGAAAGGAAAGGGUGGCGAGUGGGAAGAGCGUACGGACGGGAUCAUGCAAGUACUGCGUACUAUCUGCUUGCGAUAUGGCGCGUCUCUAUUCUAUACUACUCCGCAACCUGCGACUCUGCAAGUGCUGCGGCAAUACGCGCUACAUAUGCUUUUCAUACCUCCCGCUCCGGCGCCUGGCUCUGAGCCCACUGCACCGCCACGGAACCCCUUCCCGUUCACCCAAAAGCCAAACACGCUCGACCGUGACCGCAUCGUCGUGCCGACAGGCUGGGACAGUUGGGGAAAGAUCACGUUAUUGCGUGAAGGGUUUGAAGCGAAGGCUUGGGGCGAGGCUUGGGAGCGUGCACUAGAAGUCGCGGCAGGAGAGACUGUCACAGAGCCCAUCGCGACCAAGAUGUACGCUCAACUUGUACCAGAUCAGGGACCGAAGCCUCAUACACUCCCGCCGCUCAACGAGCCUAUGCCGGAGCAAACCUUCCUCGCAAAGAACUACGACGAGAUCGCGAAGAAGGGCGACAAAGACCCGCGCGGUAUAUUCCGCAACCCGACGGAGACACCGGCCGCCGGUGUUGUCGGCCCUCUGGGGAGCACAUCACUCGGUCUGCCUAUGGUCGAGCGUGCGCUCGAGGACAUGGAGAGUAGCAUGAACCUCGGCGCUAGCACGCUCGGCGCAAGCACAACGAGGAGACCCGGUGCACCGGCCGCACCCGUACCGCGGUCCGCGUUGGCUGCUGGUCAAGGACCUCGUAGUCCGUCGACACCAACGAUCCCCGGGGCACCAGGUGGUCAAUCGAACCAUGAGGUUCUGCAUAACUUCUUCCAGAGCUUGCUUAGCUCAAAGGAUCGGGCUGGCGCGAGCGCCGCGGCUGCUCAGGCGGGUGGUCCUCCGCCGCGUACGAAUGGUAGUGCUGGUGGCGGCGGAGGAAGCGGUAGCGGUACGGAGGAUGGUGGAGGUUGA